GCCGGACUACGAGUCCCAUCGUGCCCGGCAGGGCAGGCCGGCGGUGCGCAGCCGCCGCGCCGGGCACCCACCUGCCGCCGCGGGCGCUGGGCUCGGGGCGCGGAGGGGCGCGGAGGCAGCGGCGGCCGGGCCGGACACACCGCGGGCAAGUGAGGCCACAAGAAGCUCAGUACUCCUGAAUGGUUGAAAUCUUGACAAGCAGCGUCAGUGGAGCAGUGCAGCAGGAGCCAUGUCUCUGCCCUUCCGAAAAGAGCUGGAGAAGUACAGGAAUAUCAAUGAAGAUGAAAUACUCAGCAAACUCUCAGAGGAUGAACUGAAACAGCUAGAGCAUGUUCUCGAUGACCUUGAUCCCGAGAAUGCCUUGCUUCCAGCAGGAUUUCGGCAGAAGGACCAGACCACUAAAGCUGCCACGGGCCCUUUCGACAGGGAACGCCUGCUCUCAUACUUGGAGAAGCAAGCACUGGAGCACAAAGACAGAGAAGACUUUGUGCCAUUUACGGGGGAAAAGAAAGGAAAAAUAUUUAUCCCUAAAGAAAAGCCUGUUGAAACCCGUACAGAAGAGAAAGUGACCCUGGAUCCAGAACUAGAAGAGGCCCUGGCCAGUGCUUCAGAUACUGAGCUCUAUGACCUUGCAGCUGUUCUUGGAGUGCACAACAUGGUCAACAACCCAAAAUUUAAUGAAGCAGGAGCCCGCAGCAAAGAUGGAAAAGGAACCGUAAGAAAUGUGGUGAAAGGUGAAAAGGUCAAGCCCAUCUUUGAGGAGCCACCUAAUCCGACCAAUGUGGAAGCAAGUCUACAAAGGAUAAAAGCAAAUGAUCCUAGUCUCACAGAAAUCAAUCUCAACAACAUAAAGAAUAUUCCUAUUCCAACACUGAAAGAAUUUGCAAAAGCUCUGGAAAGCAACACACAUGUGAAGACAUUCAGCCUUGCAGCUACUCGAAGCAAUGACCCUGUAGCUAUUGCGUUUGCAGAUAUGUUGAAAGUGAACAAAACACUGAAGAGUCUGAAUGUAGAAUCCAACUUCAUCACUGGAACAGGGAUUUUGGCACUGAUUGAAGCACUGAAAAAGAAUGAAUCCCUAACAGAGAUUAAAAUUGACAACCAGAGGCAGCAGCUCGGGACAGCUGUAGAGAUGGAGAUUGCCAAGAUGCUGGAGGAGAACUCAAGGAUUCUCAAGUUUGGAUACCAGUUCACAAAGCAAGGUCCAAGAACCAGGGUAGCAGCAGCUAUCACUAAAAACAACGAUCUGGUUCGUAAAAAGCGGGUGGAAGGAGAGCGGCAGUAGCCAUGUCACGGAGGAUACAAGCCAAGAGUGGAGGCCACCACCAACUGCAGUCUCAGAGUGCUCACUGGUCCGAAGGGAAGGCACUGGAAAACCAUUACAGUGGGAGUUGCUCAUUUCUGUUAAUGUCUCCUUCUAACCUUGAAAACAGAGCCUGUUCAUUUUCAAUUUUCACAGUUAAUUUAAUUCUUAUGAGAAAGGUUCAUAGUUGGUUUGAUUUUAAUGAAAACAAAAAAUGGUUUGCAAUAUCUGAAGCCAAUAUGCAGCAUCUUAACUGUGUUGCUCAGCAUAACAUAUAGUGACUCUGACCCUUAUUUUAGACACUUUUUGAUAUGUUAAAAUAUGACCUUGUGUAUGGAUAAGGGAUUCUCUGCUGAAAAUAGAAAUGUUAGGGCCAAGUUCUGCAAUGCCUUAUGUUUGUGAAUAAUCCUGACUUAUGUGUAUAGUCCUGCUGAACUGAAUCCUGCCAUGGGCUGCUCCCAGGAGUAGAAGUAGUAAUGCCAGUACAGGUUUGCAGAUUCACACCCUUGAGCCUCCUCCUGCAGUGGGAUCUGGGCAGCUGGAACCACACUGGAACAGCACCCAUCUCCCUUGUUGGGUCUCCACCCGUCCAGCUCCAAGUGCAGGAUCACGCCUAGACGUACAAGCAUUGUCAAAGCGUACUUGUUUACAUGAGCUUAGGUUAGGUGGAUCAUUUUGCAACAUUACACUGAUGUUUUUUAUCCUUACUCCACAUUGUAAAGUAAUAUUAGUGCUGCCAAUCCUAUAGACAUUGAAUGUUUUUAAUUUUUUUUCUAGGCCAACAAGUUUUUGUUUGCUACUAGAAUGCACAGUUUACAGCUAAUCUUGACCUAAACAAGUAUUCUGAGCAAUAUUUGUUUUGCUUUGAGCCAUGAGUUUGACUUCUUUUAGUUCUGGUAUUUAUGUACAUUUGUUAGUAUUAUAGAACUGUUCUCAGGACCUUUUAGAUAAAGAUUAAUUAAAUAUUUAAUCCAGGAGAGCCACUGUGCUACCAGGAAAAAAACUUUAAAGGGGUAGUUUUGACAGCUACAUAACCUACAUUUAUAGGCUGCAGUUGAGGUUUGUCCCUAUAUCACAAGGCACAAGGGUUUUUGUGUCAGUGCUUAUCUGAAUAAGGGCAGAUUUAAGCAUAUGCACAAAUGCUUUGCUAAAUCAGGGCCUUAACUCAGAUGCUGGACAUAAUCCUAACCCAGUGGAUAGCACUCAUGAAGCAGCAGCUAACCCAAUGCUCAACAGCGUUUGAAAUUUUAGUGACAAUUCAGUCUGGUGUUUCAUUUUGUGUAUUUUACAGUCUAAAACUAUUCUCUGCCACUGUUUUAUCACUGCCAACAGCUGACUGACAGCCAGAGGUUCAUUUUGGUUACAUGUGUGCAUGCUGUAAGAGCUAAGGGACACUCAGUUCAGGUGUGUCACACAUACCAAGGCUUCCAGAGAGGGGCAGAAAUGCUCCUGGGGCUGGUGCCAUUACCUGGGACACAGUGGCCUCUCUGCUGAGAACAGGGAUGAGGCACUGCUUCCUUGGGACAAUGCUGGAGGUCGCAGUCACUGCAGAUCCUCCUGACCCAGGGGGGGAGAGCUGUGAGCCGCUGUGCAGCUGGGCAUUCAGGGAUUAAAAGCCUGAGGAGCCCCAGGAGCAGUUGGUAAAUGUUUGACACACUUCCCUGAGUGAUGUUUUCGUGACCAGAGCUGGGGUGCAAGCUAACAGGAUGAACCCUCCCUCUGUGCCUUUUGUAAUGGAAAUGAGUAGGUCCAAGGCAACACUCUUUCUGUUGGAUGCUGGUCUUCAUACUGGGGUUCAAAGUAAACAACACUGAUGUAAAUCCUACUUAAAAUAGUUUGCUGAAGUGAUCUGCUGAGCUGGGAUAUAAAGUACAGUAGCCACAGUUUACUUCCCUGAGAGCUCCCAGUCUCUAAAAUUUCCUCCACUCCUUCAAUUCCUCAGAAUAAACUGAAACCUUUGCUUUGCAAGUAGAAAACAUAACACACGGGGGAGUCUUGCUGAGAUUUGCCCUGGAUCCAUGCAGGAUUGGCUGUGAAAAAAUUUGAUAUCCCACUAAAAAAAAAUUUACAAAUUCUGUAAUACAGUAGUAACUCUGCAUGUGUUUCAAUAAAGUCCUCAAUACCCAUUUGGCUUACCAGGGGAAUACUGGGCUUUUGCAGCAUCAAGUUUCAUGGGUAGGAAGAAUCCUUAUCCACAAAACCUAAAGAUUAUGUUACUAAUAAACUUCAGUGAUAGGAGUCAUACUGCCCCUAAUUUCUUCUUUGAUCCAACCAGGGGAAUCCCAACUAUCAAUCACUUUUUUGGAGAUUUCUUUUUAAUGGUUGCUUUUUUUUUAAGAGUGGUACGUGUUUAAGGGAAACAAGUGCAAUCCAUUUCUAGUCUUAAUUGCCAUUUAAAGUGUUGGUAUUUGCAUGCAGCAGUUUUGCAAGGGUGGAUUGGUCUGACUGCUCCAUGGUGUCUGCAGCAUGUCACCCUGUAUAGCUUUGCCCAGAGCCACACGAGCGGUCACAGAGCCAGGUGGCUCCAUCCGUGUCAGCUACAGUUUUGCAUCAUGGACCAAGGCACCCGGCUGGAGAAAGCCCUGCAGGCUCUCCAUCCCUUCACCAUGUUUCCUCUGAAGGGAGGAUUCUUCAGGCGCUCUGAGAGGAUCAUCUCAAACACCAGCCCCACCACGUGCUCGCAGACAGGGCCUGGAGCUGUGCACGCCAUGGCAGCGGACCUGGGAGGUCAGGCUCCUUCCAGCCUGCAUGAGGAGAACUCCUAAUCCCGGGCCAUUUUCUCCAGGCAGCUGCUGCCAGCCCCUGCCAGGGGGCUCAGUGACCAGGGACAUCUUUGUCCUGCCUCUUCUGUGUGCUCCGCACAAGGGCUUGGUUGUCAUCGGCCUUGAGCAUCACCAGUCAGACAUUGCAACGAUAUAAAGAUCUGUUCAAUGCAACGACAGCACACGAUGGUGAUGCUUGAAGGCAGAUUUUCAUACUAAUAUAGGAUUGUUUAGCUGGUUAAAAAUCUCUGCAACUAACAUGAUGGGGGGCAGGAUGUGACUAGUUAUUUCAUAUCCUACUUUCAGGCAACAUCUGGUAUUGUCAGUGCUGAAUGGGGAACAGGGACUGAAGAGUCCUUUUUUCUUAAGCAAACAUUCAGGAGUAACUUUGUCUAUUUUUGCACAUUGCUUCUCGUGUUGACUGCUUCAGUUUGGUUUGUAUUUUUUAUACAGUUUUUUCAUGGAAAAGCUCAACUUUGUGCGUGUCCUAACAUACAUGUGACGUGUAGCGUGCACUGAGGACUGUAUGUGUACAUGUAUAGAUGAAGAUGUUAUCUCUGGAACAAAAGCAGUUGCAUGCGCACAGUGUGGUGCAUAUUACUCAAGAGGAAGAGAAUUAUCACGCUAUGUAACAGCGACUCCCCAGCAUCGUGGUUUUUCUAAAUAAAUCUGCAUAAAGGA